AUGGAAACUGCUUUGCCCUUGCUCCUCCCAUCGAGGACAAGGAAGAUACCCCAGGACCUCGUUGACAAUGCCUGGAAACCCAAAGCCUACCUGCAGCCUCCUCAGCCUCCACCGCCAGAUGAAUCGAAGUUGCACGAUAUGGAGAUGGCCAUGGCGCGACAGGCGAUGGACGGCAAAACGGUGAAGAAGAUAAGACCGAGGCGGACAGUCGACUAUGGCGCCGCGUUGGGGAGGUUGGCCUUGUUACGGGCGCAUAGGCCCAGCCCGAGACACGUACCAUAUAUGCGUCCAGCGCCACCCUACAUCAUCGAUCUACUUCCACCGAAAGCAUAUCCGGACAACACCUCCACCUCCCUAUGCACCAAAUUCAUCCACACUUCCACCAACAAGAUUCGGUGCCCGGUCAACGUGGUCACUUGGACUCCCGAAGGUCGACGAGUCCUCACCGGAUCUACCUCCGGAGAGUUCACGCUCUGGAAUGGCCUCACAUUCAAUUUUGAGACGAUUCUCCAAGCCCACGACUCCGCCAUCCGCGCUAUGCGCUUCACGCACUCGGGCGCAUACCUGGCCUCUGCCGACCAGAGUGGAAUCAUAAAAUACUUCCAACCCAACAUGAACAACCUGAAUGCGUGGCCCGGCCAUAGGGAGGCGAUACGUGGGCUUAGCUUCAGUCCGGACGACGGCCGGUUCGCGACAGCGAGUGAUGAUUCGACGUUGCGAAUUUGGAGUUUUGAGGAGAGCAGGGAGGAACGGGUGUUAACUGGACACGGAUGGGACGUCAAGUGCGUCGAGUGGCAUCCGACGAAGGGUUUACUGGUAUCAGGCAGUAAAGACAACCUCAUCAAAUUCUGGGAUCCAAGAACAGGGACCUGUUUGUCGACUCUGCAUACGCACAAGAAUACCAUUCAAGCGCUCGCGUGGUCUCCGAACGGCGACCUCAUCGCCAGUGCCUCGCGCGAUCAAACCGUCCGCGUCUUCGACAUCCGUGCCAUGAAGGAAUUCCGCAUCCUUCGCGGUCACAAGAAAGAAGUCUGCUCACUGGCAUGGCAUCCUGUGCACCCCCUUCUCGUCUCCGGCGGUUCCGAAGGCGCCCUCCUUCACUGGGAUGUUUCCGCUGCUCCGCCAGACACCUCCUCUGUUCCACCCUCCGCGCCUGCGCCUGCCCCCGCCGCCAAUAUCCCUUCCCCGCGCGCCACCCUCUCCCAGGCGCACGACUCCAACGUCUGGUCGCUCGCCUUCCACCCGCUCGGCCACCUCCUCGCCUCCGCGUCCAACGACCAGACGACGCGCUUCUGGUCCCGGGAGCGGCCUGGCGACCUGCAAGUGGGCGGCGAAAAGCCCCCGACGAUCGUCGACACCAGCCAGAUCGACGCGGAGGGGCGCGAGCGGGACGAUGGCUACGACGCGGAGGAGGAAGGGUACGUUCCCGGCUUUGGAUCUGCCGGCGGCGCGGGGGCGGCUGCGGGCACAGCGUACACGGUACCGAACGGAGCGCAAGGAGCGCAAGGAUGGCGGGGCAAGGAGGAAGACGACGGCUACGGCGGGCCACCCGGAUUCGGCGGCGGUGGAGGCCCUCCCGGCCUCGGCGCCAGUGGUACUGGCGUAUUCCCGCCCGGCUUAGGCACUAGCCCUCCUGGGCUCGGCAACAGCAACAGUGGAUAUGGAUACUCUCGCCACGGUCCCGAUAGCGACGACUCCAUACCCGGCUUUGCAGGAGCUCCCCCGCCUUCGACGGGGCCGGUGGUAGGUAGACAAGACGGGCCACUACCGUCGCAAGAGGAACUCAUGUUCGGACCGGGGGGCGCGAGCGGAGGGGUGGUUGGACACGGUGGUCCAUUUAUGGGCGGUGGUGGGCACGGUGGAGGAUACGAUGGGGGAGGAAGGAGACAUAGCCGAUGGGGGCCUCGGAGAGGAAGGGGUCAUUGAGGCUCGCGAAUGCGUGAACGUCGCUACUAUACAUGCGUGCUCAUGCGCAACCUCCUUACGAGCUCCUUGAGUUUCUGAGAGAGGAGAACUCGCUGAACGAGUAUCGAAGUGUGCGCUAGCACACCGCUCAUACACACAGACGUUGUGGCAGAACCGCAUGUAUGCAGUUUAAGAAUGCGUGAUCUUACUG